UUAGUACCUAAAUUGCAACAAAGUUGAAAGUUUAGGGCCUAAGAGUGCACUUAACUCUCCAAAUAACCAAGACUCAACUUGCCCUGAUACACGAACAUAUUAAAACAUAGCAUCACUACAUCGUUGCUUUUCUCAGACGAGGAAUGCAAAGAGCAAUUUACAGAGCAAUUAGCAAUCAUUCUCAAAACCACAAACUCUCUCUUCUUUCUCUCUCCUCAACCUCUGAACCUCCAAUCAAGUUGACCCGUAGAAGUCAUACCAAUGUAGAUGGGUUGCCAUUUUCCGGGAUACCCGAAACCAUCAAAUGGGGCACCAAACCAGAUGAUAGUCUUACAUGGGUACAAAUGAUCCGAUAUUGUACAAAUCAUAACUAUGUUUCUCAUGGAAAACAGCUUCAUUGCUAUGUUUUACAAUCUGGGUUUACUUCAAAUGUCUAUAUAAGUACAACUCUGGUAAGUUUCUAUGCCAAAGUUGUGUCCUUAGACGAUGCACACAAACUGUUUGAUGAAAUACCUCAACCAAAUGUGGUGUCCUGGAAUGCUGUGAUUUCUGGGUAUUUACAUUCUGGAAAUUUGUGGAAUGCUCUGUCCCUGUUCGUUGAGCUCAAUCAGUCAGAACUGCGAGCUAAUGCAUACUCUUUUACUCUUGCAUUAGCUGCAUGUGGUCAACUGAUGUUGCUGCAAUUAGGCAUGUCCGUGCACUCGAAGAUUGUUGUAUAUGGACUGGAAUCGAGUGUUGUUGUUGCAAACUGUUUGAUUGAUUUCUAUGGAAAGUGCAGUUCUGAAGCUGAUGCUAUUCAUGUGUUUGACGAAUUGAGAGAUAAGGAUGUGAUUUCGUGGAAUUCGAUUAUUGCAGCGUGUGCCAGAAACCGAAGGCUUGACCUAGCAUCUGAUUACUUUUAUCAGAUGCCUUGCCCUGAUACUGUGACCUACAAUGAAAUGAUUAAUGGUAUUUCCAAGUUUGGUGACAUAAACGAGGCGAUUAAGAUUUUGAGGAGCAUGCCAAACCCAAAUUCAUCCUCAUGGAACGCGAUUAUAUCAGGUUAUGUAGUUCGGAAUAGAGCACAGGCAGCUCUUGACUUCUUCACUCAAAUGCAUAGAAAUGCAGUCAUAAUGGAUGAAUUCACAUUUUCUAGCAUUUUAAGUGGGAUUGCUUGUGUUUCAGCUCUAAAAUGGGGUUCAUUAAUUCAUUGUUGUGCUAUCAAAUAUGGUUUGGUUGCUUCGAGGAUCAUCGGGUGUGCCCUUGUUGACAUGUAUUCAAAAUGUGGGCGCGUACUAGAUGCGGAAAUAUUGUUUCGGGCUAUGCCCAUAAAGAACAUUGUUACUUGGAAUGCAUUGAUCUGCGGCCUGGCACAUAAUGGUGAAUCAUAUAGGGUGAUCCAAUACUUCGAAGAGUUGAAAGCUACGAAGGGAUUGAUACCCGAUGACAUCACCUUCGUGAAUGUUUUGGCGGCAUGCUCACAUUGCCAAAUGCCAUUGGAGAAAGCUUAUGAAUAUUUAACAUCCAUGAUUUUCAAUUAUGGAAUUAAACCAAAGCCUGAACAUUUAGCGUCUAUAAUUAGACUAAUGGGGCACCAUGGACAACUAAGGAAGGCAGAGAAGAUGAUUAAUGAACUAGGGUUUGGUUCAUGGUCAUCGGUUUGGAGGGCUUUGCUUGGUGCUUGUGUUGUUUGUGUAGACUUAGAUGUUGCCAAAGUUGCAGCUGCAAAGUUGAUGGAAUUAGAAGGUGAUGAGGUUGGAUUUGUGAUGUUGUCGAACAUAAACAAGGAUCGCGGUAAUUGGGUGGAUGCAAAUGCCGUCUGGCAGCUGAUGAGAGGCCAAGGGGUGAUAAAAGAAGCCGGGUUAAGUUGGGUUUAGGGGAUUUAAGUUGCCGAGAGCUGAUGUAUUCACGCAAUGCAGUCACCAUUAAUGAUCAUUAACCAGACUCCAGCUGAGAUAGAGUAACGAAGCUGAGAAACUUGUUCACCAUAUAAGAUUACAGACUUAAGUUAUGCAGCAAGGUUAUGCAUUUUCAAAAUCAUGCUUUGCUGCGAUGUAAUACUCCUACAUUUUACUGAGGUGAUUCGUUGGUAAAUUCGAUAUGAUGAUCAAAAGUCCCAUAAUUUGUUCCA